GUUGGGCUUUAUCUCCUAAAAACUCGCCUGUGGCCAAGAAACCAUUUCUCCACUUCCGUCCCCGCUGCCGUUUUAGAUCCUACGAAAAUAUCUCAGAGAGAUGAGGCCAGGGAUAGCUGGGCCUUGGAGUUUCCGGUUCUUCAAGACCUCCGAGUAGAAGAAGCAUAACCCCUGAUGGUUAAAGUUGGUGCCAACUAAAAGACUCUAUGAGGAGAGGUUGACCCCCGCGCCCUCAUGGCUGCAGUUUUGGGCUUGUCUCUUCAUCUUCCCCACUCUCUGCGUCCUUCCCGUCGAUUCUAUGCAGGAAGGAGAAGCAACUCGUCUUUUUCUUUCGAUUGCAGUUCUCUAAGACGAUAUCAAUCCAUAAGUAAAACUUCAGUUCGAGCUUUUUCAUGCAAGGCUUCUCCUGGUGAAUCCUGGAAAAUAUUCGCCAAGGUAUCUGAGACAACUGAUGCAGAAUCAACAGAUAACGUAAAUGGUGAUGGUAAAGAUCCCUCUGAACAAACAAAGACGCCUUUUGGAUACACUAGGAAAGAUGUCUUGCUGAUAGGUGUGGGCAUCACAGUUGCUGGUGUUGCUUUGAAAAGUGGAUUGGAGUUUGUUGGAGUAGACUCUUUACAAGCAGGCAAUGUUGUUCAGUUGGUGGUUGUUCUGGGUUUGACUGUUGGGUGGAUUUCGACAUACAUGUUCAGAGUAUCUAACAAAGAAAUGACAUAUGCUCAGCAGCUACGUGACUAUGAAAAUAAAGUCAUGCAGAAACGAUUAGAAGGAUUAACGGACGCUGAGCUAGAGGAGUUGCUAGCACAAGUGGAGGAGGAGCGGCUGUCUGGCACUGAGCAGAACAAAUGAUCUCUUUCUGUUGUUCGAAGUUGCAACUUCACUUGUCAUUGCCAUCUGUAGAUCUGCAUAUAUGCCAUUAGACUAUGAAUGUCAACUGUGGCAAUUUUGUGCCUUCAAAUUUAUUGGUGGUUGCCUAUGGGGUGACUCGAUAGCUUGUGUCAAAGAAUCAAGAAUACAUACUUACA